GGACCACUUUCUCUCACUUGACCCCACCUCCCUCACUGUUGAUCUACUCGAGGAGCACCUUCUUGCAGCUGAGACUAGUGCAGUUGCUGUAGGUUCUGCUCGUGGCACUCCGCGCACGCCCUUCUUUGAGGGGUGCUCCCCCUCCCCCCUUGCCCCCUCCUACGCCUCUGCUGCUGCUGCAGACGUCCCUAGUGCUGAGGACGUCGGAGCUGCUUUUGCUAGUGCGAAGCACCGCAGCAGCAAGGGUGGAAGGGGUGGGGGAGCGGGCAGCGGGAGUGGUGGUGGGGGCAGCAGUGGAGGUAGUGGAGGCGGUGGAGGUGGUGGCGGUGGAGGUGAAGGCAGUGGAGGUGAAGGCGGUGGUGGGAGUGGUGGCGGCUCUGGUGGCAGCGGUGGAGGCAGCGGUGGGAGUGGCGGCAGUGGCGGCGGUGGGACUGGUGGCGGUAGGACUGGAGCUUGGCGUGGAGAUAUAGCGGCUGCUGCUCUAGGUGCUAGUGAGUCUGGUACUCUCCCUGGUACUGCGCCUGCUGAGGCCUUGCACACCUUCACGCCAGACUCAGGUGCCUUACGCUGUUUCUUUCGUGACAGCACCACUCUCACUCCUCUCCCUGCACCUGUCCCGGUCUCUGCCUCCCCUCCCGCCCUCGCCUGCCCCGCCCUGCCUUCCUUGCGCCGAGGGGCGGCAGCUCGCAGCUCCUCACUCCUCCUCGUUUCCCCCGAUGACUGCUCCCCUGCAGACUCUCCACAUGGACGUCUCAGCGAGCGGUUCCGUGCGGACCUUCCUGUCCUGCGUUUGCACUCUGACAGAGGUGGUGAGUUCUCCUCCGACCUCCUUCGGGACUUUUGUCGUGGGGAGGGAAUUCUCCAGUCGUUCACAAAUCCGGACUCCCCUCAGAAAAAUGGGAUUGCUGAGCACCGCAUUGGCUUAGUCAUGGAGGUCACUCGUACCUCCAUGAUCCAUGCGGCUGCUCCCCAUUUUCUGUGGCCGUUUGCACUCCGGUACGCCGCGCAUCAGCUCAACCUCUGGCCCCGUGUCUCGCCUGAGACCUCGCCCACACUGCGUUGGACAGGGAAGGUUGGCGAUGCAUCGGUGUUCCGGGUCUGGGGUUCUCAUGCCUUUGUUCGCGAUACGUCUGCGGACAAGCUCUCCGCCCGCACCAUUUCCUUCGUCUUCCUUGGCUUUGUCCCUGACGCGCUUGGCUGGAAGUUUUACUACCCUACCUUGCGCCGUGUCCUCCCCUCUCAGGACGUCACGUUUGACGAGUCGGUUCCCUUUUAUCGUCUCUUCCCCUACCGCUCUGCCCCUCUCCCACCCUCGCCGCUCUUCCUUGCUCCAGGUCCCCCUCCGGUAGACCCCCUCCCUCCUCAGGGUCCUGCUCCCUCAGGUGUCUCUCAGGUAGACCCCGCCCCUGGUGCUGUGCCUGCCUGGGAGUGCUGA